CACACACUGCUAGUAUUUACUCCUUAUCAAUGCGCUUAAAUAUUGCUGGCAUAACGUUGGAUUAGACUAGUUCGUAGAGCUUCUGAAGUUUGACCUGUGCUUGAAUUGAAAAUGGAAAAACCAUGGAUAGACACAAUUGGAUCGACGCAGUGCACGAUGAAGCGACCAGCUGAUACUUACUACAUAACAGAUAACAUGGCUACAGAACCAUUAAGGUUUCCUAAUUUGGUUGCGGGAUACCAGCGAAAUCCUGCUCAUGCCCUACAGGCGUCGAUAUAUUCCAAGUACACACCAAAUGAAUGGUUCCAGAAGCAAGUUAAGUUUUACAAUGAAGCAGACUUGAACAGGCACUACUCGGAACGCUUGAGAAAUGAUACCAUGAGAGUUAUCCGGGAGGCUGAGGAAAAGAUACAUCAGGGGCAGAGAGAAACAGGGAAAAAAAUUGGGGAAAGAAUAACAGAUGUAACAUUUUGGCGUAAUGAAGUAGCCUCGGAAUUGGAAAGACUUAUAAUGGAAAAUGAGCGAUUGUAUGACUGCAAAAGACUAUUGGAGAAGGCCGUUCAUGAUAUCGAGGGGCCCCUUCACAUUGCAGAGGAAUGUCUGUACCAUCGAGAAUCUAGAAAAGCCACGGAACUUGUUCACGAUGAAAGCGAACAAUCACUAUUGAAAGAAAUUGACAACUUGAAAAAUAACCAACGAAAGUUACAGCUUUGCCUCGACAGAUGCAAAGACCAGUUGCGAAAUGGGCGAGCAUCACAAAAUCAGCUGGAAAUCGAUUUGAAAAAUAAGGAGGGGGCUUUGGGAAUAGACAAUGUGUGUUAUCAACUCAACAAUUAUAGUCGUGGCCUGCAAUAUUGCGGAGGAAUCGAGAAAUUUGACGGAUGCGUAGUUGAGCCAGAAACAUGGGCAGAAGCCGCCAAUAGAAUAGUGCAAAAGUCACAGACGGAGCGAACAAAAUCCUGUCAAUUGCGCAGUGAUGCAGAAGCCUUGAUAAAUCACGUGGCGCAGGACAUGUGGGAUUCGUGGACUCAAACGAAUAAUGCUUUGUCUCAAAGGAGCUCCGAGAUGCUAGAAGCUAAAAGCAUGCUAAAACAGCACUUGCACAAGAUACAACAGGAGAUAUUUGAUGUAGAAAAGAAUCUGGAACUCACGCGGAAGGCGAUUGCUGAUAAAAGUUACGCUCUCAAAGUAGCCCACACUAGACUAGAAGCACGAAUGCAUCGCCCUGAACUAGAAUUAUGCAGAGACUAUGCGCAGCUGAGCUUACAAAGAGAGAUCGAGGACAUAAAUCAGCAGGUUGAACGUAUGUACAAGAUGUUAAAGGAGCUUGAAAAUCAACACCAGCGAUUACUGCGUACGCGAAAUUCCAUGGAGCACGAUUUAGCAAUAAAAAUUGACGCAAUGUAUAUUGAUAAAGAAAAAGUAGCCGGACUCAGGCGGGCGUAUCCAGUCAAUGCACUGUUCAGAUUUUAAAUGCGACAUUACUAGAACGAAACCCUAAUAAUAAUAGUUUCAGUUGCAAAUGCAGCUUAGAAGAAAGUUAGUCGUGCAAUGAAUUUGUACACAGCGAAUACUCGGUAGCUCGGUAGUAUCGGAGUGUGAAGUAGAAUUUAACCCUUCAAAAGAUAGCGUGCCUCAUAAUCAGGUACAACAUUUAACGAGCAGAAAAAUGUUGAAAAUACAAUGUCAUCGAUGCUGUUCAAUCAUAAUCAUUAAAGUUACGACGAACCUAGUUAGUAUUAUAGAGAAAUGCACCCCUAAAGGAUAUUUAGGGCUGGUGAUAUUUCACAGUGGUAGAGCGCUAAUAUCUUGUUACUCAAUACAGAAUUGAGAAUAAGUUAAUUAAAAAUCUUCGAAUAUUUAUGUUUUCUGUACAAUAACUUUUGCCAAUUUACAAUAUUAAGGCUCUAAAUAAUUACCUAUCAAAGAUAGAGGGAUGUUCUCAAACCGUACUACUUGUGUCUUUGAGCAUAGCCAGGCCAAGGAAGUUUCAGACCUUCGUGAGCCUCAAAAAAUGUGUAAGACAACGUUAUUUCAUUUAUGAACUCCAUCUUUGGAUCUUCUGCUAUAUCAGGAUCAAGGUAGAAGAAGACCGGCAUAUCCACCUAGCAAGAACAAUACAAAAUUCGUUUUAUUCAUCAUAUCGAUGUUGGCAGUAAUCUAAUAAAACAAAUAAACAUGGCAAAAGUAUGAUAUUACCUG